AUGGCUUUGAGAUUUUUUACCAGUCAGCCAGUCUAUUGUGCCCCUACUGCAACAGUACUUCUUAACAAGGAGAAACAAGAACUGACCUUUCUAAAGGAGAAGUUGGAAUGGCAGAAGAAGAAGAUUGAAGAACUGGAAGAAGAGAGAGCUUUUCUCCGUGGACAGUUGUCUGCCCUCACAGUUAAAACAAAGGAAGAAACCAUGGACAUUCCAGUCACUGUGAAUGAUUCUGAAAGCUCUGAUACAUCAUCCAUGUCCGCAUCCUCAUCCUCUUUAUCCUCAUCCUCAUCUUCAACCCCCAAGAAGCGCAAGCACAAAUCCAAAAAGAAGCACAGCAAGGGUGCUAAGAAACACAAGAAAGAGCACAAGACGUUUCAACAGCGUGUACAAACACCAAGUGAAAUUGUAUGCUGCUACAAAUCCAUCCUUAAAACAUUACCAAAAGCAAAGACCAUGACCAGGGCCUUCCAGAAGCAUGCCAUUGACAGGAACACUGUGGUGUCCACUUCAGCGAUUGGAGAGCUCGCUAUUGCUGCUCCUGAGGUAUAUGAAAAGGUACUGGCCAAGAAGCCUGGUGGAGAGACAGUGCUGGCCUUUGCUAAGCGGUGUGAGGCUGCUAUUCAAGGAGAUGAAGAUGUGAAAGAGAAAAUAGAAAGCAUGAAGGCUGGGUCACUGAGCAGCUCCUUCAGUGCCCGGCUGCGGCACCCGCGGUGCGUGAAGGAGAGAUACCGCAGGUCCUUCCUCCCAGCCGCUGUCAGACUCUAUAACAGUCACGGCACUCAGUAG